AAUAAUCCUCGCCGAGAAGCCGCCUCGACGGUGAGGCGUUGUUGAGCUAAACAGAAAACUCAAUUUGGGUUGGUUUUUGAUUUUAGCCGGCGACGAAUGUGAAUGGAAGUUUAAAUAAAGAAGAAGAGAAGCAGUGGAAACAAAGACUAUUAAAGAAAAUUUGAAAAGAGAUGGCGUUUACGCCUUUCGGAAAAAAUAAAGGGCCGGCGAUGAGCUCCAAGCCAUCGCCGUUUACAACGUUCGGCACUUCUGCUCCUACGCAUCCCACCAGUGAUCCUCCGAUUCAACCACCGGCGUCUCAAAACCAUUCAGCCUACGCAGGACAACCUUUUGGACCAGGUGGAAUUCAAAGUGGUCCUCCAAAUCAUCGACCACCGUCUCCUUUGGCUUCUCAGAACCCUCCACCUUUUAUAGGGAAACCUUACCAACCAGGUGGGGUUCAAAGGAGCCCAGGACCUGUCAAUGGGAUACCAUUGGGUGGUUCAGAAGCUUUUCCACGUCCAAGCCCCUCUGUGAGACCUUACCAGUUUCCUGGAGUUCAGAGGCCUACUUUAAAUCCUCAAUUUGGGCAUGAUGAAUCAAGGAAUUUCUUGAAGGAUGAUGUUGAACAUAGUCUAGCCACGUCUCCAGCUAGUACAUCACACACUCUUUCCAGAAGUGGACCUGAUGCUGUUGAGAUUGGUCGAUCACAAGAUUCAAAAAGGAAAAGUCGGUCCGAUCUUCUUCCCAAUCGGAGUUUGGGGUUUUCCCGAAGAAAUCAAUCGCCUGUAUCAUGUUUCGAGGAUGGCAGCUUGGUAGAUGAUUUCCAGCAGCCUUCUAGCCAAACUUGGAUGCGCUCUCCAUCUUCUACGGAGAAUAAUCCGGUGGGGUUGAGGAGCAACCUAAAUCGGUUGAUUCAUCAAGAACAAACCCCGAGCCCUUCAUUUCCUUAUGCACAUGAGGCAGUCGAAAUUCAGGAAGCUACAAAAAAGUCUUCUGAUAAACCUAUCCGUGACGACCUCGUGUUUCCUCAACAUGAUUCUCGAAGGUUUUCGACAUCUCCUCCUGCGUCUGGCACAAAGUCAUUUUUGCUUUCAAGAAGCUCAGAUUCUCAAUUUCCUGGGCAGCCCUCCUCUGUAAAUAAUUUCAAUAAUGCGGCAAAGACAAGCAAUUCGCCUGCAACAAAAAGGACAAGAUCUCCACCUUUAUAUCCAGCGGAAGAGGAUAUCCAGGGAAACUCUUUUCCUUCUCAAGAUUGUACUGAAGGAGAAGAGCAAGCCAGGGCAAAGAGACUGGCCCGCUUCAAGGGUGAACUGGAGCCCAUUGCAGCCAAACCUGUUGAUACUCAACUUACUAAAUCAUCUGUAAAUAAAGCUGUGAAGCCUCUGGACAACAAACAAACAUUCAAUUCACUGGAAUCAAGUAGGGAUGCCCUUAAGGGAGAUGCCUUGUCUGAUUAUGAAAGCUCGGAGCAGCCCUCUCUCAUCGUUGGAUUAUGCCCUGACAUGUGUCCUGAGUCAGAACGGGGGGAUCGUGAAAGGAAGGGUGACUUGGACCAUUAUGAGCGUGUGGAUGGAGAUAGAAACCAAACGAGCAAAUCCCUUGCUGUGAAAAAAUAUACCAGGACGGCGGAGCGAGAAGCAAUCUUGAUACGACCAAUGCCAAUCCUGCAGAAUACAAUGGAAUAUUUGCUGAGUUUGCUAGACCGGCCUUACAAUGAAAACUUUCUUGGCAUGUACAAUUUCUUAUGGGAUAGGAUGAGAGCUAUUCGAAUGGAUCUAAGAAUGCAACAUAUUUUCAACCGAGAAGCUAUUACUUUGCUGGAGCAAAUGAUAAGACUUCACAUCAUUGCAAUGCAUGAAUUAUGUGAAUAUACCAAAGGAGAGGGCUUUUCGGAGGGAUUUGAUGCACAUUUGAAUAUUGAGCAGAUGAACAAGACAUCUGUUGAGUUGUUUCAUAUGUAUGAUGAUCACAGGAAGAAAGGAAUAGCUAUUCCUACAGAAAAAGAGUUCCGUGGCUACUAUGCUCUUCUCAAACUUGAUAAGCAUCCUGGCUAUAAUGUUGAACCUUCAGAACUUUCUCUUGAUCUUGCAAACAUGACUCCAGAAAUAAGGCAAACUUCAGAAGUUCUCUUUGCCCGCAAUGUAGCCAGAGCUUGCAGAACUGGCAACUUUAUCGCCUUCUUUCGCCUCGCACGAAAAGCAAGCUAUCUUCAAGCAUGUCUAAUGCAUGCUCAUUUUUCGAAGCUAAGAACCCAGGCACUUGCUUGUCUGCACUCUGGUCUCCAAAAUAAUCAGGGUCUCCCAGUUUCAGAUACGUCAAAGUGGUUAGGGAUGGAGGAAGAGGACAUAGAAGCCUUGUUGGAGUACCAUGGAUUUUCAAUAAAGGUGUUUGAAGAGCCAUACAUGGUGAAAGAUGACCUAUUUCUCAAUGCUGACAAGGAUUAUAAAACAAAGUGCUCAAAACUUGUUCAUAUGAAGAAGUCAAGUACCAUAGUGGAAGAUGUUUCUGCUCCCUCUCCGUUGUCAUCCUUGCGGACAGAAGCAAAUAACGGAUAUCAACCGCAUAUUACCGUUCAUAAACAGGAAAGUCCGCCUGCUAAAAGUCUUAAGAAACAAACAUCAAUGCGUCUAUUUGAUAAAGAGAUGGCCGACUCCAAGGCUUCCCUCUUACCGGAGGAGGACAAGCCAGUGAGGACAUCUGUUAUAAAUCCAGUGUGGCCAUCUGUUAUAAGCCCAGCCGUGGAUCAACAGAAACAAAAUGACCUUACGCCGGCAAGUGGAUUUCAUUCUCCCCUGAAAUUAUAUUCUCCUUUUGGUUCUCCUGGAUUUUCUCAAGCUGAAUCCUCUAAUUUGAAGAAACAACCUAAUGACGGCCACACUAGUAUAUCUCCCCGGGAAGUUAAAUUUCCAUUUGGUGGACAUUUGCAAACGAAUCUUUUGCCUGGACCAACUUUGCAACAAAGCCCGAAGUCUAUGCCAUUGGAGAGUGUGCCUGUAACUACCAUUGCAGAGCCUCCAACGAGUGCAGACAACAUAUCUACUAUGGAAGAGUCAGGGUCUGAAGUUGCAAUGAUUAGUACCAUGGAGAAUGACUUACAUGACAUUGAACAGGAAGACGAGGAUGGGACAAAUCAGUAUGACGAGGAAGUGGCAAAGGCAAAACUCAAGUUGAUCAUAAGAUUAUGGAAGCGGUGGUCUUCACGUCAAAGUGAAUUGCGGGAGCGUCGACAGUUAGCUGCAGCUGCUGCACUGAAUUCACUAACCUUGGGUACUCCUAUCCGAUUAGGAAAAUCUGAUCAAUCGAGGGCAUGUGGUGAGUUUAACAUUGAUCAGGCCAUGAGGAGGAGAUUUGAAGAACACGAAAAAUCAUGGUCAAGGCUGAACAUUUCAGAUGUGGUAGCUGAUAUACUAGUGGGAAGGAAUCCAGACUCUAAUUGCAUAUGCUGGAAGGUCAUCGUAUGUACUCAGAUUAAACCAGCAAACACAUCAAGUCAGGAUACACAUUCAGCAGCCAGUCGAUGGUUAUUAUCAAAGCUUAUCCCUCACGCAGAACAUAGUGUCUCCGAUGAGAAUCUGCUGUUUUCAGCUCCCGGUGUGUCGGUAUGGAACAAAUGGGUUUCAAGUGGGCCUGACUCACAUUUCAAAGGCUGUCUCUCAGUAGCGAGAGAUGUGGAAGCUGAUAAUGAUCUGCGUGAAACAACACGUGGUGCAAGUGCAGUUCUUUUCCUCGCAUCUAAAGGCCUCCCUUGGAGUCUCCAGAGGGAACAGCUUAACCGCAUUCUUGAAUCAGUACCUAACGGCUCACUCCUUCCCCUUCUCGUAGUAAUCAGCUCAUGCAAUGGGGAAAGCAUGGAUCCUGAGACCAAUCUGGUCACCGAGCUAGGUCUCGAUAAUAUCGACAAAUCAAAGAUAGCAAGCUUCACCAUCGUUUCUAUUGCUAAUAAGUCCCAGAAGGGACAGGAAGUUCAUUUUUUCAGCGAUUCACGGCUAAGGGAUGGGCUUAAAUGGCUCGCGGGCAAUUCACCGCUGCAACCAAAUCUUCUUCAUGUUAAACCGCGGGAACUUGUACUGACCCAUUUCAGUUUUUCACUGGAGUUGCUUAAGCAGAUGCCAGAACAGGAAGUUGGUCCGAACAUCUGCAUAUCAGCCUUCAACGACGCAUUGGAAACAUCACAAAGAAACAUCACUUCUGCUGCUGCAGCAAAUCCGAUUGGUUGGCCUGCCCCUGAGACAAUGUUGGUCGAGGAUAGAAUUAAAGAACGUUUAAUGGUGAAGGGGUAUCUACCCAGCCUGGACUGGAGCAGUGCGGACACCAUCGAACCACUCAACUCCAUGCUCGAGAACUGUAAGCUUCCGUAUUUUGAAGAUGAUUUGACAUGGUUAACCCUAGGAUGUUCUUCUGGUACUGAGAUAGAGAACCUUACGCAACGGCUCGAGGGGUGCUUAGUUGAGUACUUAACACAGACAAGCAAUCUUAUGGGAGUCUCAUUAGCCACCAAAGAAACACGAGUGAUGCUACAAAGAAACACUAGACUCGAACUCCGUAACUCAAGCUACUACCAUAUCAUCCCGAGAUGGAUCGGGAUCUUCCAGAGAAUCUACAACUGGCGGAUAAUGGGCUUGCUCGAUUCGUCGUCUUCCUCAGCUUACGUACUGAAGUCCGAUCUCACCAUGUCUGCUUCAAGCUAUGCCGAUAAAUUCUUGUCUGAAGAUGCAUCAAAUCCAUCUUGUCGUCCAAAUCUUCCAUUGCUUGAUGAAAUGAUCCAAAUUAGCUGCAGCCCUUUAAAGUCGUCUUCUCCAUGUAAUCACAAAGCUCAGAGAAUAGUCGAAUCGGUUGAGACAGAAAGGUUCAUCGAUGAUCAUAGAGACAGAGAUGAGUCGCUGUUGGAAAAGAGUAGAGAAGCUUCUAUAAAGAUUGAUAUGAUGAUAACUGAGGAUGACGAGGUAGCUGAUGAAACCGAGAGAUCAUGGAGGAGUAAAGGAAAAGAAGCGGCGGAGAAGAAGACGAUGAAGGAUCGAGAGAGUGAGAGGUUAGAUGAACUGUUGGAGAAAUGUAACUUGGUACAGAAUAGCAUAGCCGAGAAGCUCUGUAUUUACUUUUAAUCUUUUUCAUUCCUUUUUGUGAAUGUUAUUGUUGUUGCAUGUCAGUUACAAGACUGCUGUUCCGAUUAAAAACCCAUCCACCAGCAUAAAAUUAACUUUGAAAGAACAACAAAGAAGAAGAGAAACCUUCUCUUGUAAAACUUAUCUUUUCAAUAAACAAUUAACACAAUCUUGGCUGA